AUGGCCGAAAGCUUCGAGGAAGUCGCCAAGCAGUUCAUCCAGUUCUACUACAACAGCUUCGAUAGCGACCGCAAAUCACUCUCUGGCCUCUACCGUGAGCAAUCCAUGCUCACCUUCGAGUCCGCUUCGGUCCUCGGUGCCACUGCCAUCGUUGACAAGCUUGCAUCUCUUCCGUUCGGAAAGGUCAAGCACCAGGUCUCCACCCUUGAUGCCCAGCCUGGUAUGGUUCAGGGAGGCAUCGUCAUCCUAGUCACUGGCCAGCUUCUGGUCGACGAGGAGGAGCGCCCGAUGAACUACACGCAAGCUUUCCAGCUGGCUCUUGACCCCGCCAGCGGCCAGUACUUUGUUUUCAACGACAUUUUCAAACUGGUCUACGGCUAA